AUGAAUGCUAAGGAGAAGAUGUUGUGCGGCCGUCCAGACUACGCGCUCUGGUACGGAGCGCAGGCGAACCUCGAGACAAACCUAGUUAUUGUUGAAGCCAAGACCAGCGAUGAGAUAGGUAAGAGUGAGCGCCAGGUGCUCGCAUAUAUGGGCCUCGUCCAUGCCGGCCGUAAGGAGCGUGGCAAGAACGACACGACCGUCUACGGAGGACAGUAUUAA